AUGUCUAGUCCACCUUCACCUAGAACAGUAGUUUCAACUGUUCAGAUCGCAGCCAUGCGUGACAAUUUUGAAAGAUUGUUAAGAGAACAAGGUGAACAACUUCAACAAAGAAUUGAUGAGUUGGAAAGGAGGCCCCAAAAUUCUAAUGAUGGUAGUGAUGAUGAGGAGGAAAGAAGACGUAGAAGGAGACAAGGGGGAGAUGAUUUGAGGGGCAUAAAAAUUAAAGUUCCAACUUUUGUUGGGAAGAGUGACCCGGAGGCAUAUCUAGAAUGGGACACUAAAGUUGAACAGAUUUUUAAUUGUCACAAUUAUUCUAAUCUUGAAAAAGUGCAGGUUGCUUCUAUUGAGUUCAAGGAGUAUGCCUUAGUUUGGUGGGAUCAAUUGACAAAAGAUAGAAGGAGGUAUGCAGAACGACCAAUUGAUACUUGGGAAGAGAUGAAAAGAAUCAUGAGGAGAAGGUUUGUCCCUUCCUAUUAUCAUAGGGAAUUGCGCAGCAAAUUGCAAAGACUCACUCAAGGUUCUAAAAGUGUUGAAGAAUAUUUCAAGGAGAUGGAAGUUCUCAAAAUUAGACCUAAUGUAGAGGAGGACGAUGAAGCAACUAUGGCUAGAUUUCUCCAUGGUCUAAAUCAUGACAUUAGUGACAUAGUGGAACUUCAUCACUAUGUUGAAAUGGAUGAAUUGGUACACCAAGCUAUCAAAGUAGAACAACAACUCAAAAGAAAGAGUCAAUCAAGGAGAAAUUCCACCACUUUCAAUUCUCAAAGUUGGAAGGACAAAACAAAGAAGGAGGGUGCUUCAUCAUCUAAAGAAGCCACGGUUGAAAACAAAGGUAAAACUAUUACAUAUUCUUCUUCAAGUGUUUCAACUAACAAAACUGUUAAGUGUUUCAAGUGUCAAGGCCAAGGACAUAUUGCAUCUCAAUGUCCAACAAAGAGAACUAUGCUUAUGGAAGAAAAUGAAGAAAUUGUUGAAGAGGAGGAUGGUGAUUAUGAUGAGAAGUUUGAAGAAGAAAUACCUAGUGGAGAUUUACUCAUGGUGAGAAGAAUGUUGGGAAGCCAAAUAAAGGAGGAGGAUACAAGUCAAAGAGAAAACCUUUUUCAUACAAGAUGCUUUGUGCAAGGAAAGGUUUGUUCUUUAAUAAUUGAUGGAGAAAGUUGUACAAAUGUUGCAAGCACGCGUCUGGUUUCUAAACUAAAAUUGGAAACAAAACCUCACCCUAAGCCUUACAAACUCCAAUGGCUUAAUGAAAGUGUAGAAAUGCUUGUUAAUAAACAAGUUGAGAUUUGUUUUAAAAUUGGAAAAUAUGAGGAUGUAGUGUUGUGUGAUGUAGUACCAAUGGAAGCUAGUCAUUUGUCAUUAGGUAGGCCUUGGCAAUUUGAUAGAAAAGCCAAUCAUGAUGGGUACUCCAAUAAGUACUCUUUUAUGUAUCAUGAUCAAAAGAUCAAUCUUGUACCGUUAAAUCCUAGUGAGGAAUUUAAAGAAUUGUUUCUGGAAGAGGUGCCAAGUGGUUUACCACCUAUAAGAGGAAUUGAACAUCAUAUUGAUCUCAAUCCAGGAGCAUCUUUGCCUAAUAGGCCAGCAUAUAGAAGCAAUCCACAAUAA